AUUACCCGGAAGUACUAGACCGGAAGUUUAAACAGAGGAUAGGAAGAUAAUGUAGCAUAACGUGACGAUACCAGGAUUAAACACCGAUUUAAAUCGAUUUCUGGAAAUUUACACAUAAUGGCAAAACACGUAAAAGACAAGGAAGCACACCUAAGACUUAACUACCUCUACCAGGCUGCCCAUUGUGUCCUCGCUCAAAACCCGGAGAACGUGGAGCUGGCCCGUUUCUACAGUUUUACUCAGCGCACCAUCGCAAGACGUCUGGUACUAAGACAGGACCCAUCAGUGAAAAGAACAUUAUGCAAGAAGUGUUGCUCAUUACUCAUCCCGGGUGUAACAGCAACAGUCAGACAACGAAGAAAAAAAGGCAAGACUGGUUCCACUGUGCUGCGGUGUCUCAGUUGUAAGCAAAGCAAGACGUUACUGAACAACCCGGAUCAUUUUUUAUGGGUGGACCAUCCAGAAGCUCAGCUUGAGCAUCAGAAACAACCAGCUCAAGAUGCCUCUGCUAAAAACCUUACAAAGGCGUCAGAUGAUCAGUCUGCAUCCUCCAAACCCAGUACAAGUACCUCCACUACAUAACAUACAGUACCUCACUAGCAUUACACAGUUGUGUUUUAUUACAUUUUGACAAACUUUUUUUCCAAACUAGUUUCAUGUUCUUUGCAAUGUUGAGGUCUUACAUAAAUGUGCGAUUUUAAAAACAUUAUUUUAUUGAAAGCAAUUUGCAAAAAUCCAGCUGAUUAUCAUUUUUGGUUUUCACAAUUUUUUUUGGUCACUAUACCAAAAAAAUGCAAUAUUAGAUGAAAGCAUCUCAUGUUAAAAUAGUGAAAAGUAAAGAAAUGUCGCUCAUUUUUUCUUCUCUUUUGCUCCACUUUUGGGCACUCUGAAACGUGUCUUCUGAAAGGACAGCAGGUUCUUGGCAAAUAUCCUGGGAAUGUGGCCCAUAUACAAGAGGAGAGCCAGUGUCAUUCCUGGAAAAUAGAUAACACUUUAAAUCAACGCAAUCUCAUAGUGGCAUAGUGUUUAAUUUCUUUCGGUGACAUGUACCUGUGACAGGGGCCAGCCAGUAGACAAAGGCAUACUCCGCCAAGGUGAAACCAGGACAAAAGAAGGUGAGGCCGUAGGCUAAUGAAGGGUUGAUGUAAGCUGAGGUGUAACCUUUGGCUGCAAAAGGACAGGCAAAGUGUAUUAGUGUUAUUUCAUUAUAAAUUAAGAUGAGAGCAGGGUGCAUCAUACCUGUGUGGGCCAGGAAGGUGAGGAGGAUGGCGAUGAGGGGCACACGGAUGAGAGCAGACUUCCGUCUCAGGAAGAGGUGGACGAGGUUAAAAACGAGUGCACACAUACACUCUGUGAAAAAGCCCUGCAGCAAGGAGGCCAGCAGGGACGUGCUGCACUCACUGGACAUCAAGUUUUUGAUCAUGUGCAUGUCGGUCAGCUCCAGGCUCCAGUAGUAUCCAGCCACAUGCAGGGCGAGAUGGGCCCCAAGGAACUGGAAGACUACUGUCAGAACAGUGGUGAGUGCUGUGGCCUCCAGCUGCAGGAACCUCAUCAAAAUCAGGAUGGGAUUCCCUGAAGCGCCCUCGCUAAUGAUCCCAUGAGCGAGCAGUACCACAAACAGUAUAGUCACCGUCACGUCAGGGCCCAAUCCCCCGGCCCACUCGCCUACCUCCACAAUGGUCUGCACCUCGAGCCAGCAUGCCACCAACAUGAACGAGGAGGAGAACUCCAACAAGAAAGCCAAGUGUGGCCAUUUUUUAAGCAGCGGCCGCAGCGAGGCCCCAAACACAACGCAGGCCAGAAAGUAGCCAAGAGAGGCGUUGAGUCCAGACAUGGCUCUGAAUGACAACUUGUCUGACAACGUGGCUCAUGCAAAGACACAUUGCUUAUCAAGAGACACGUCAGGGUUGUGUCCCGCUAACACCUGCCAAAAUACACAUGGGCCCUUUGCAAGGUCAGGUCAGGAAACAGGUCAUAUAAUAACAUCAGGUUAUUUCAUUUAAAUCUUUUUUUAAUGUAUGUUCUGCUUUCACAUGACAUGGAAACACAGUACAAUGCUUGAAAUUUGUGCAAAUGCAUUAAAGUAUGUAUGUUAUCAGGUGUUUUGGUGCCCACAUU